UUGUUCUUAUAUAAACCCGUGCUGAGCAGCUGGAAGACAUCAUUCAGUGCGCAGCAUUCAAGGCAUCUGGUGUUAUAAGCAAAACAAAAGUAACUCCCUUACUAAAAAUGAAAUUCUUCGUUGCUAUCGCUGUUGUUGCUUUGGCUGCUGGAGCUUGGGCCCUCACCAUUGAGCAGCAAAAGAAGGCCGAAGCAUAUGCCGCUGAAUGUGUCAAAUCCACUGGAGCCGCCCCUGACACCCCGGUCAAGCUGAAGAAGGGUGAGUUCGCAGGAGCCGAUGAUAAGACCAAGUGCUUCUCCAAGUGUGUUCUGGAAAAGGCUGGCUUCAUGAACGAGAAGGGUGAGGUCCAGGAGAAGACCGUCAUCGAUAAGCUGUCGGUUGAUCACGACAAGGCCAAGGUGGAAGCUACCCUCAAGAAGUGCAACCAGAAGGGAGCCAACGCUUGUGAUACCGCCUUCAAGAUAACCGAAUGCUUCUACAAUACCAAGGCCGGUUUGGUUUAAUAUGAGUUUUUGUGCUGUGAUAUAGUUUGUACCUAAAAACCGCUGUUUCUUUAUGAUUUGAAGAAAAAACUAUUUAUUAAAACAAAUCUCCUCUAAAAUCUUAA